AUGGCCAUCCGUUUCGUUUCCGUUUCGUUCCUGGACCCGCCCAACGCCCGUCCCGCCCGUCCCGUCCAACUACCGUCCAACGGCCUUCGCGCCGCGCCGUCACGGCCUUCGCACCGUUCCAACCUGGCCAGGAUAAGCUGUGGUGGAUGCGUGCCCAAGACCAAGACAACCUCGCCUUGUCUCCCCAAGAUCGACGCCACCGCCUUCACCUCAUCCUCGCUCUCCACGCCAUGCACUUCUCUGUCAGGUCUCGGCGUGCCGUGCCUCCCCACCGAUGCAACCCUCCCACCCCGCCAACCGAUCAAGGUACUUGGUACAGGCUCAACGGACGAUGCAACCUCCCCGGCGUCGCCGCCGGGAGGUCAUGCACUUCAUUUCCCCAACGGCGCCCACGGUCCGCCAGAGCUCGUCCAUCGUCUCGAGUGUCCUGGUUAA